GUCGCAAAAAGAUGGCAGCGGACCCGAACUGGGCCGUCUUGCCAAGCGUAACUCUUGUGGAAAUAUUUUCGUACCUUUCGCAUGAUGAUAAACUCAGAGCAUCUUCUGUAUGCAAGAGAUGGAGAAGCUGUCUCUUUCACCCAAACUUAUGGCAGAAGAUUUAUUUCCAGCUGCACAGUUCGAAGCGAAUGAAGACGAAGUUCUUGGCUGACAGAUGUGGACAUUUUGUACGGGAAAUCACGAUCAAGUUUUGCUCUCAUAACAUUACAGACGUUCGGGAAUGCGGUAGGAUUUUGGAAAUUAUGAAGAUCAACAAAAACCUACAACAGUUUUGUUUGCAACCGUCAAGCUGUCACAUGGAAUGGCCAGAUAACAACACUGUUUAUUUAUUUGACAGGUACUUGGACAGUGUGGAAGGCAUUAUCAGGAACAGUCGUGAUCUCCGGCACUUCUCUCUAGGAUGUCUUGAGGAGCUACUAGAACAUUCCAGCACUUUUCUGUCUCUCCUGGGACGUCACUCCCGCAGUCUACGAUGUCUCCACUUAGCGAGUGUAAAGGAAGACUCUGAAGGGUACAGGAUAGUUGAGCUUGACCCGAAGCUCUUCCAUCCAUUCACCACUCUCCAACAGCUCAGUAUCGAUUAUGAUCACCUAACAAACCAGCUUCUGGAGAGCUUCACCUUUCACAACAAGACCAAGCUGGAGAAACUCAUUAUCCAUGUUCAUGGUGUUGAAGCAGACCACGAACGGAUCACCAACUCCUCAUGGCACUGCAUCCGCAGUCAUUGUCCGAACCUCCAGGUGACUCUGAACCUGAUUCACUCAUUUGAUGGUGUGGAGGCUCUCCUUGACAUACUCCAGCCCAGCUUGCCACUGACACAUUUCCGACAGUUUUUCUGUACCCACCUCAACACUACGGCCAUUUGCUACUUUGCUACUCACUACAGGACAACGCUGCGGUCCAUUCACAUCAUUGAUGGACUGAUGGAUGGCUAUCCAGUACCCUACACCAGUGCUGCAGAGGAGGACCCUUUUGUUAUGCUAGCCUGGAGAUGUAGCCUGCUGACGGAUUUCACCCUCAUUGGCUACGAGAUAGCAGAUGAGGAUGUGAUAGCUAUAUCUCGCCUGCGAGGAAUGGGACUGAAGAAGCUGGACAUCCCACGCGUCUGUAUCACAACAGUAGACGAGCCAGAGGAAGAUGAAAUGUGGGGUUAUCCACUCCAAAUUAACUUCACUGCAUUUUCGGAACAAGUAUCGGAUGGCUUGUCAUGGAAUUGGCAUCCAUUGGAUGACCAGGAACUUCCUUUGGCAGUGUUUGAUGCUGAUGCGGAUGCUGAGAGGGCUUACAUGGACAUUCUGUUGGAAGAACAGCAACCUAUAUCUGCCUGCUAAUGGGUAAAAGAAAAUGACCAAUAGUAGCCAUUUUAAUCAGUACAGAAACAACACGGAAACAGAGUGGUGUUCUUUGUUUGGUAUGAAGAUUUUUAUUUAUAUUGAUUGGCGAUACAGUAAUUUAGCCUUAAGAAGCUAAUACACAUACUCAUGUUUGUUUUUAGACUCUGAGGAUAUAGAUUGCUUGAAAUCCAUUAUAAACAUUACUGGAACAAAAAAAAUGAAAUACAAAGUGUUUCUUAAGAGUUAGAAAAACGCAGAAAUCAAAUCUUGAGAUGUGGAAUGAAAAAAGUUGAUAUGCUUGGAAUGCACUUCUCUAUAAAUGUUGGAUAUGAAUCUUCUGUUUAUGUUAAGAAAUUCAAAUCUUUUAUGUCAUCAGUAUCACUUUCAUUCCUAGUUUUAAGACUAUCUUAAUGCACAUUUAAGAUAUCAGAAAAGGUCCAAGAUAAACUUUUAAGGUGAGAAGCAUAAGUUAAAAAAAUAAGCUCUAAAAUCUUAAGGGUAAAUUAAAAGGAAUCUUUUGCUGAAAAAAGGAAAGUAAAGUAACCAUACUUGUGAGGCAACAUUUGAUAUUUCAAAAAUAUUUAUUUUACCAAAAAUCUUCAAAUCUGACAUGAAACUAUUUUCGAACAUAUGUUUUCUCUCAGAGUUGCAGUUCUGUAAAUUAAAUCUAUACAGAAACAUGCAUACAUUAUAUAUAUAAUUCUACUGCAUUGUUAACAUUAAGAAAUCAAUUAGUAUUAGAAACUACUGUAGAUGGAUAUGUGUUCAAAAAUGUAAGACAAAAGAAGGGCAAGACAAAAACAGUAGAGCAAAUAUUCUAAAUGUUUUACAUUUUCCUUUGAAGAUUCUAGCCGUGUGUUUGAACUUCGAAAUUCAGACAAAUACUUUUAAACAUGUACUUGCCCCAAGGACAAGUGAUGCUGAAAUCUUAUUUCUUUCCAAGCAUUACAACAUUAUAUCUGAAAAUAUUGCUUGGAACUUUAUUAAAUGUCAAUCAUUUUCUGUGAUCAAAGGAGACAUUAAAAAUCAUAGCAAAUGUGGUGUUUUGUGAGAUUUCACAAUUUAAUUUUUAAAGCCACAUUGUAUAAGGAGUGUAUGAAAGUUCAAGCUGUUUCAGAAAAAAACAUUGUGCAAUGUUCCUCUUGCCAUCUCAUUAAACAUAGAAGAUAUAACUUGCCCAUUACAUUGGUACCUUUAAUAUACCUGGUAUAUGCAAAAAUCAUUCAUUUCAAACAUUCAUUAUAAACCUAACAGAGAAGACCUAUCUCUAUAAAAGAACAUUAGGUUUAUUAUAUGUAUCUUUAUUCUUGUUGUAUUUAAAACUUUAAAACUAUUAUAACUGAAAUCCAGUGUGGGUUAUUUAUGUGCUUAUAGUUAUAUAAUUUUGUCACCAAGAGCAGAUCUUUAAAUACAUACGUCUGUAGCUAUGUAUCAAUUUUCAAAGUAUUAUUACACAAAUACCAGUAGGUAUGAAAUGGAUGAUAUAUAAUUUCCACCACCCAAGCUACCUCCUUACUGUACAAAGUGAUAUACGUCAUGCUUUGAUGGGCAAUAUGAAUGUUUCGUCAAAAAUGUUAAUUUGAAUGAUCAACUAAGAACAAUAUGAAUUAAGUAUGAAUUAUGCAUCAUUGACUAAAGGGAGAUAUAUUCUUUUAUUAUUUUUAACCAUAUCGGAAGAGAAUAUGGAGACUUGAUAGUACAUCAUCCACUGGUGGAGUAUGUAUUCAUUUCACUGUUAAGUCACUUCAACCUUCAGAUGAAGGUCGACGUCACUGUUAAAUGUCACUUCAACCUUCAGCUGAAGGUCGACGUCACUGUUAAUGUCAUGUCAAUUUUCAGCUGAAGGUCAACGUCACUGUUAAUAUCACUUCAACAUUCAGCUGAAGGUCGACAUCACUGUUAAUGUCACUUCAACCUUCAGCUGAAGGUCGACGUCACUGUUGAUAUCCCUUUAACCUUCAGCUGGUGGUCAACGUCACUAUUAAUGGAAAUUAAUUUCUAACAGAAUAUUGCUUCCAAUAUUAUGCUAUGACACGAGGCAAAGUAAAGUAAAUUCAAAUGCAAAGGUCAAGGUCAUUGAGUCGAUGUUCAAAGUCAUUUUUUUAUCGUAUUUUACUGGUUGAUGUUUUAUGACAUUGCAAAGCAAAUUGGAUUGGAAACAAGCUUCAAAUGAAAUGUACUGAAACAGCAUUCCAAACCAUCUGUUAUAAGGACAACUUUUGAAUGUGCCAAGAAUUUAUCUAUAAUUGUCUGCCCUUGAAUUCAAUGUUAGCUUAAUAUUUGUAAUAGAGGAAGUUUCAUUGUAGUCCAUCAUAGUGUUCUGUGUUCAAUGAAAAGACCAUGCUUGUACAUAAUGGAAUUAAAUCAGUCCUCAGAAAAAGGACGUUUAAUGGUCCCAACAUAUGAUCAUGGACUUGAUGUCUAUUCACAUAUGCAAAAUAGUAUAAAGUAUAUACUCAGUGUAUGGUCGAUUUGCAUAUUUUUAUGAGUGUUUAUUUUCAAAAAUUGUGUACUGUUUGUAUGUGAAUGUAAAAAAUAUAUACUUAAUAUCUUUGUCUUAUGUGCAACUCUUAGACAGAAAACGUUAUAGAAGACCGCAGUGUUUAAGGGUUUUAGGGGUUAAUUUUCCUGUCUGGGAUAAGUCUUUUAUCUUGAGGUGCAUUGCAUUUCCCUGUCUUGGAGAAUUAUUUAAUUAUUGAGGUGCAUUGUAUUUUCCAAAUUUAAAUGCAAGAUGAAAAUUCAUACAUUUCAUCACUAAAAUUAUUACAUGUGAAUUUCAAUUAUCGUUUUCAUACCUUUUACGUAAAAUUAAAACUUUACAAAUUGUAAAUUUUUAUUAUAGUUAUAAAAAUACGUUAUAUUAUAAGGUGUAGAGAUAGUGUGUGGGAGGAGAUGGGGAAGACAGUCAAGAUUUGGACAACAACAUUUAUAAUAUACACCAGAGAUUUUCUUCUCUGCAAAUUGUUUAUUGCUGUGUUUCAAAAUCACACAAGUAGAAUGUUAAAAUUAAUAUAAAGCAAUAUUCUUCAUAAUGUAACAAUACAAAAUGUUUGCUAAGCUGUAUAAAAUGUGCUGUUUACCUGAGAAAGGUGAAUAUGAGACAUGUUAAACAUGUACUAUAGAUGCUUCAUUAUCAGAUAUAAUGCGAUAUGUGUAUACGAUCAACAGCUGUGAUAAGUCAUUCCUAGAGGCCUGCUCUAUCUUAACAUCUUGAUAACAGAUCUGCAUAUUAAUUUAUUUUCCUAGGUCCCCAACCUGAUGUUAGAUAUUGAACAUAAAUUAUUUGAUGUUGUUGAUGAGUAAUUCUCAAUGUAUAUAUAUACAUGUAUAUGUUUGUGUUGAUUGUUACAACAGUUGUUUGAUAAUAUAAAUCACUCCAUCUUUGUAGAUAUUGUACAGUUUUUCCCUUUUUCCUUGGAUGAUGUUGUAUAUUUGCACAUGGAUUUUACAACUUCUUUUGAAACCUCUCCUGAAUGUAUUAGACUGACAUGCUUGUUAUAAAAGUUUUCAUAAAAAGUGACUUUCAUGCUGUGCACAGGUAUUUUUAGCAGUGCUGUUUCAGAGAUUAUCUCCUAGCUCAACACGAUAUCUGUAAUUAAAACGAAAACGAUACCAUUACCAUAUGCGGAAAUAUUGAAAACUGCUUACCUGUAUUCAGUAUGUAUAGCAUUUUAAACACACACAAAAAAAACAACAUUUUUUGAGAGUCAUUUCAAUUUAAGAAAUUAAUCUAAUUUUACAAUCUUAUAGAUCUGCUGAAGAAUCCUGUUUGGCAACACAACCAAGUUUGCUGAUGAAAAAAUCAAAAUCUCUGGUGCAAUGGCAAUACAUGGGGUUGUGGAACAAUGGGUGGUUGUUUGAUAGAGAGUAGUGUAUAUUAUUUCCUAGAUAUUACAUAGUUAAAUUUUAGUUAUGUUCAAUAUAUGAUGUACAAACAUGGAAGAAAUGUUAUUUUUAAUUUUCAUAAAAAAUGUUUUGUGGUUCAAGCUGAAGGUGAUGUUGACAUUCAUGUUCACAAUCCAAAUGUCUCAUCCCUGAUUAGUUGUUUGUAUAUUCUCAUCACAUCUUAAGAGAACACAAACCUUGGAAUUUAAAAGAUGGUUAUAGUUCAGAUGAUUUAUUCCUGCAUGGUUUUGUUGUCAAUGAUUAUUGGAUUAUAAAAAAAUAUUGAAGCAGUUUCGUUGAUUAUUUCAAAGUAUAUAUUUAUUGAUGGAAUUGUAAAAAAAAAAGAAGCUAUUUCACAAAGGAUAAUUGAUCAAUGUUUUUAAGUGUGUAGUAAAGUUAUCACUUCUACCUGAUAGUCACAUAAUAUAUAUAACUUUAAUAUCGAAUUUCUUGUUUGGUAUAAAUUUUGAAAUAUUUUACUUUACUUACCUGAUCAGAAUUACAAGUAGCUGAAUUGUAUUUGUUUUCAUUUGAAAUACGUUAUUCUUGAAUUAAAUUCAUAACUGAGUGAUUGCAUUUAAUAUGGUAUCAAUAAAAGAUAUAUCGAUAUAAACGACACUAUGAAAAAAUUGAGUUUUGCUCGGCCAAUGUCCUAAUUAAAACUUCUUAGAAUGUAGACAAAACGAAUGCUUCAAACCUAAUGCUUCCACAGUGCUUAUACUGUAUCUGCAUGUUAAACGCUUUUGCAUUUAGAAUUAUACACACUUCACAACAGCUGUAUUUAGUGUUAUCCCUGUCUUAGGUAUAUAUAUUUAUGUUAGAAAAUUGCUGAAGUACUCACUUUUACUUUGAGAUAUACCAUUGUCUUUCAAGGCUUAAACAUUUCUAGGAAAAUAAGGCUGGACCUUAUAAAACAGGGAAGUUUCUAGAAAGGUUUUACACCAAAGGUCCAAAAGAUCUAUACAUGUAGAAAAUUACAUUGUCUCAGUGAAAUUACAUUCAUAUCACAUUGAGCUUAUGGCCGUUUGUGAGGAUUAUAUUGCUUAUCCAAUGUUUUUAUACAUAUCCUAGUUUUCUCUAUUUGUUGAAUGGAUACACUAUCAAACAGAGUGUUCAUAAACAACUCUGUAUUAUUCACUUUGUAUAUAAUUUAAACUGAAAGCUGUCUAACAAAAAAGCAUGCCAGAGAAAUUUGUUAUUGUGAUCUAUCUUGUUUUAUGUAUGAGUUGUUUCUCUUUACCUGAUCUCACGAAGUUACAUUAUAUUUCCUAAACUCAACAGUACUGAAGGGUAGCAGUGAAGAACCUAUAGUGGCAGGCUUUCUGAAGUAUGUUUUAACUGUAUAGAAUUACAUAUAAAAGUACACACCCUUGCUGGGGGAAGAUAGUAUAUUAAAUUCAUGAUUUUCUCAGGUUUUCCUUGAUCUGAAUGGAAGCCAAGACACGAACUGUACAUCGGUUGGAAAUGUUGUAUAGAAAUUCAUUACAGAAAAUAAUACAAUGCCCUCAAGCAUUAUGUAACAAAAACAGUGAUAGAAUAUGGUAAUUUGUAUAAAUACAUAUACUGUAGAACAUUUUUCCACUUGGUUUAUAUAUGUUUUGUGUAAGUUUUAAAGUUAUGUUCCCGUUAAUUGUUAUUUCAAAAUCUAUAUGUCCUAAAUUAUCAUUAAAAAAAAAGCUAUUCAAGAUAUUAUUUUCCACAAUGAACCAAUUUUGACAGCAUUUUAAUGCAAAUAGUUGAAAUGUUAUCUUUGUAAUUGGCAGCUAAUGGAAUCGUAACACCAAGUGAAGUUUUAUUUAUUGUGUGGAGGUUUGUAUAAUUAUGUUAGUAGUUUAGUGAUGCCUGUUUUAGAUACUAAUGCCAAGGAAAAAUCGCAGUAUUCAUGAUGCAUGCAUAUAAGAUCGUCACGUUAAGAACAUCUGCCAAAUAUUAUUGCAGAUAAUGAUACAAUGUCUGAUUAAUUUAUCCAUGUGAUGCCUAGUAUGUAGUGAUAACACCACAGAUCAUAUAUUUGAGAAGUGAGUACUUCAGCAAUUAUUAUCGUUAAUACCCUAUUUAUUCUACACUGAUCAUGAUCAUUCUAUAGAUAUUUUUGUUGCAGUUUGUAUUUACCAUUGGUAUUUUUAUCACAUAUAUGUUUUAUCUGAGUAAUGGUAAUAUUUUCUUCGAUAUACUAGCAAGCAGAGUGCUACAAUCUUUUGAUCGUAUAGAGUGAAAUGCGAUAAAUAUUAAGAUUUUGUUAUGUAAUGCAGCUAGACACUGAAUUGUCUAUACUGUAUGUUAACUGAGUUCAAUAUAAACCCAACAAGGGAUAACUGAAAAGUUACUUAUACAUCUAGUUUCUAAAUUCUAACAUACUAAAAAAGUAUAUAAUGAUAUAGACACAAAUCUACUUACCAAUAGAUGACAAUGUAUCUGAUUUUUCGCUGCAGUUCUUAUCCAGUCCAUGGAGUCUUGCUACUGAAAUUAUUAAAGAGUUUUUAUGUGGACGUUUGAUCUUGGGUUAAAUGAAAGAAAGUUUUGUAUUUGAUGCCACGGCUCGUAUUUAUGAAACUGUACUUGUGCUCAAAUACAAAUUUUGUAUUCGUACCCAAACACUUUCGGUAGUAAGUCUGAUAUCUGAUUACAUUUUUGGAAGGCUUCAAGUGGAAUAUAUUUGCAAUGUUAAGGGUUUUUCUUCAGCUCUUUCAUGAUUUAAAUGAGUUAAAGGAAGGUAGAGCACAGAUUUCUUGUUUGUGCAAUAGAAUGGUUUCAUAAAUACGGGUCCAGGUUAUGAACACAUCUGAUAAUUUUUAGUGACCAAUAUCUGUCAGAUCAUUGUUUUCAUGUUAUAUAUGCGUUUCAUUGAUUUCAACGAAAGUUGUAUGUAAUUGUAUUACCAUUAUUGCUGAAAUGCACCUAUUUAAUAGAAUCUAUUGCCAUGAUAACGUGACCACAUAGUUUUCAAAACUGAAUUCGCAUUAGUCCUUUUUUAUAUGAAAUCAAGAAAACAACUCCACUAACAGUGACCAUAGCUGUGAAAUUAUGUGAACUUGGCACUAAUUCCCGGUUCCACAGUUAAUAAUACGUUUAUCGCAUAUAACGUCAGUGAGGCUUGUAGAGUCCCAGUGCAUCAAGACAGCUGUAUAUGACUUGAAUAUAAGUUGGAUUACAAAAUUGAACGUCAGCGUUAAAACAGAUACAUUGUUAGCAUCCAGUUUUCACCAUUGCCCUUCGCCUUUAUGAAGUGGGCAUUUUUAUCAACACUGCUUUUGAAUUUGGAAAGAUUUUUUUCACAUUAUGUACUGUAAUAUGCUAUGUUGUUCUUUAGGAUGCUAUUGAGAUAUUUGAUCAAACAGUCUUGUGUGGAUUGCCACCUUCAUACAGACAUUUGUUACUAGUAAAAUUAACAUGUUUUAACUUCUAGAUAUAUAUAUUGAUGUAUGUAUAACCUGUACAGUUGUUUGAAUUAUUGUGCUUUGCCUUAAAAUGGAGCACAAGAUGCUUUGAAUUGAGUUGAAAUAUGACGGAAUAUCGUUCUACACUGGUACAUGCAGAUGUGGUUCAAUGCGGGUAUGUUGCCUACACUAAUAUAACAUUCCAUCCAGUGUGUUAAAAGUUUUCAUGAUUAAGGCAUGCGAAGUAUAUAAUAUUUUGUCAUUAUUGAAUCUCUCUGCAUAUGCAGCUAUAUAUGGCAAACAUUGCAAAGCGUGAACUAUGUUUAAGUUGUACGUUAUAUUUCAUGUUGGGAAAUGUUAAAGAUUUGUAAAAUAUGAUGCAGAGAAUGAGUGAAUACAGUCACGUAAUAUCAAAGAUGUUAUCUGUUAGAGACUAUGGUGGCUAUGAUUUCAUGGCUUAGAGGAUGGAGUAUAAGAGAAAAAUUCUUGUUGAGAUAUAGUGUUUCUAUGUAAAAUUUAAAGUGCAUGUCAAGAAGAUGUAAUUUUACGAUAUGAUCCUAAUUUAUGAUUGUGAUAGCUUUGUCCUCUCGAUAUAACGAGGCAAGCAUUUAUUUUGGAACAUUUCGAGGCGAUAUAUACUAUAUAUACUCAUAUGUACUUGAAGCAAUUGUCAAAAAAACAAAAAAAAACAAAAAAAAACCAGUAAUGCCUGGCCGUCACCUAAUAAGACAUACGAGAUCGAAAAUGGGUCAUUGUUCAUUGGACACUAACUUUCCGCAAUUAUUUAUUCGUUGCCAUCAAAAGUCAAUAUUUCCCGUUUUAGUUGAAACAAAAUAUAUUUCUUCAUCUGGAGAAACAUUGAACACGCAGAUGUGUUUAAAUGUUGUUUUAAAAGUUUAAAUGUGUAUAUGGAACUUCCAAUAUCUGAAUAUGUGUGUACUGAACUAGAGCGGAAAUACACAGGCGAAAAUAAUGUGUCAUUCAGUGAUAAGAAACGAUUAUUCUACUGACUGACAGGUGGUCGUAGCAGAGAAGAAUUUUGAUUAUUAGGAUUUUAGAUGGGCAUUACUGUCGAUAACUUCAUAUAAGUGUCAAGAUCUCAUAUGCAAUCAUUAUCAACUUGAAAUAACGACAUUGCUUACCGAAGGACCAGUCGGCUUUCAUCAAGUCAUCGUAAGGGUCUCCAAAGCAAUGCUUUGAUGGUAGAACAAAUCACCAGUCAUACUCUACCACUCUUCCCAUGUCUCAAUGUGAUCACCACACUUUAGGUGCUAUAGGUACGAAGAUGGUUUAGACCAUUGGAAAUUUCCUGGAACUACGGUCGUAUCUAUACAUCGACAUCCUUUAUUUAAAAAAAAAAACAGCUGGCUGUUCAUUUGUUUAAAAAAAAACAGCUGGCUGUUCAUUUGUUACUAAAUGUCGGACUCCUUAUACCUUUCAAUUGACGUUUGCACAACUUUGUCUUUUAAAUUCUCAAUAAAAGAAAUCGGUGUUUUUCAUACGGAAUCCGAUGAUUCAUUGUAAUUUCGUAUGUCAUGUUAGUAAUAUCAAGAUAUAACUCUUUAUAUCAAGUGUUUCCACCAGAACCAGAAGAUAUAUAAUUAUUAUUGCGAACAUAUUUUUUAGAAAUUAAUGAAUGUAAGUAUAUGCCGUUUAUAGAAAUUUGAUUUGAGAUAUCACUGCUGUUACGGAGCUACCACGUAUCAAAGGUUUUGGUAUUUUACAUUAAUACAGGAUAUUAAAAUUGUAAAGGUUUAAUUUGACACAGGUAUUAAUUUACAUGCGAUGUGUUUGGAAAUUACAAUAUUAAUUUGGCUGUUAGAGAUAAAGACAUGACAGUGCUAACUUCAUGUAUACAUUUUUUAUCACUCUACCAAAAAGGCAGAGGUAUAUAGUCAUAGGUGUGUGAUUCAGACAUAUCAUUGCGUGUUCAUAUCAUUUCAUGUCAGCCAAGUUUAUCUGCUACAGAUAAUAUGUGUCUUGAGGUUGCUAUCUUUGACUGUAGCUAUUUUGUCAAAAUAAUAUUGGAUGCUGUCUGGAUUACACACCGCCUUGUGGUAGGUUCUUGUAUUAUAAACUGUUGAUGAAGGAAGUCUGUAGAUCAGACCGUACCUAUAUAUAAGCAUCUGUUUUCUAGUCAUUACUUGAGCAGACAAUCAAUGCUCGGGAUACGUGGUGUCGAAUGUUGUCACCAGGUGCAUUUUAAUGUUUGUACAGAAUUAUUUUUAAAGUGAGUUUGAACACCUUUGCAUAGAUUAAAUUGUCAUGUUUUAAUGGAACCGCUGACGUCCGCUUGAGUGUACAUGCGGGAAAAGCCAUGUGAUAUAUAGUUAUACACAGUGUUAAUAAAGAUAUUGCCAAUUCCUUUAAUAUUGCUGCAAACCUCAUGUGAUUGUGUCCUGAACUCUAGAAGAAAAAGUUCAGUGAAGUAUAUUUUUGUCAUGUUUUAAUUACUACAUUUAAGGAAAGAACAUAAAAAUCGAAUCCCAAUUUAUUCAUGUUAGAAUAGAAUAAAAGAACUUUGAAAACAUUUUUCGACUUUAUCAGCGCAUAGUGUGCUUACAAAAGGACAAGAGGUGCUAACUUAAAUAAAACUAUCGGGAUUGAAAACAGUAAGUACCUAUGCACCAAUAAUUUUUGAAGCAGUGCUGGUAUUUAUCACUGUAUAAUAUAUUUUAAUCAUGACAUUGUAUUUCAAAAAUCAAAUGUGUAGAUUUUUCAUUUUAACAUUUUUUUUUCUAGAAAUCAGGACUAAAACAUCUAACGGGUACUCGAGGACCAAGGGAAUAUUUCAUUAAUGAAAAAGACCUAUGCUAGUGCCAAAGUGAAUAUAUCAUUAAUUAUGCCUUUGUCAAGAUCUUGUUAUCCCAUUCAUGGAAACCCAGUGCAAAUAGAUACACGAACAAUUGUUGUUAUUGUUAAAGCUAAUUUGAAAAGCAAGUGGGAAAAGUUUAUGUGUACAUUAAUUAAAGUUGAACGUCAAUAAAGAUUUGAGCAUCUGUUCUCCAA